AUGGGAGGUAAAGCAAAGAUUAAAAUUGAUGUGGUACCACACAAGUUUGAAUGUCAACCCAAUCGUAAACGACAAGGCACUUCAAUGACUCUUAUUAGAUCAGCUGCAGAAAAAAGACGGAGACAACAAAUCAUUGAAGAAAUUUUAAGUGAACCGUUAGAAAAUAAUGAAACGGGUAAUUCUCAAGAACCAAAUAUUGAUGCCGUAUCAGUUAACACUGUUGAACAUAUUGAAAUUGAUUCUGCUCCUGUAAAUUUAACACCUGACCAAAAAGUUUGUGUUGAAACACAAACUGAUAUUAAAAACCGUACCGUUGCUGUACAAGUGAAUAAUCGUCCUAAGUAUCGUAGUGUGGCAGUUCAAUGUAAAAUUUUAUCAACUGGAGUUGAUAAAUCCUGCUCACCGAUUAAAACUGUUCAGAAGACAUUUAUGAACCUUUGGAAAACACUGGCUCAAGUACUAUGGAUUCUAGCAGCUGUCAAUCUCCUGUAA